AUGGCUGGACGGAAAGGGAUUAGACAAGCAAGAGUCAGAUCUUUGUGGAGAACGCUCGAGCGGUGUCUGGGAGUACGGUGUCGAUGUGAGCCGUGCGAGCGGUCGGAGCGUGGGGCGAGGGGCACGGGGCGGGAGGGGUUAGGCGGUCGGCACUGGGCGGGGCCGCCCCUCUCGGCGCCGGCGCGCGCCCGCCGCGACCGCCUCACGCCAGUCCGCUCCGUGCUGCCGUCGAGCACGCACGCGCAUGUCGCUCGUUGUUGUUUUUGGUGA